UACUCUUCAGUUUAACCUCUAGACUUCAGAAAACUAUGUCUUCCGCUCCAGCCUCUAACUACAAAGUCGCCGACAUCUCCCUUGCUGCCUUCGGUAGAAAGGACAUUGAAUUGUCCGAAAACGAAAUGCCAGGUUUGAUGUACAUCAGAAAGAAGUACGGUGCUGAACAACCAUUGAAGGGUGCUAGAAUCGCCGGUUGUUUGCACAUGACCAUCCAAACCGCUGUUUUGAUCGAGACUCUUGUUGCUCUUGGUGCCGAAGUUACCUGGUCUUCUUGUAACAUUUUCUCCACCCAAGACCACGCCGCUGCUGCCAUUGCCGCUGCUGGUGUCCCAGUCUUUGCUUGGAAGGGUGAAACCGACGAAGAAUACGAAUGGUGUAUUGAACAACAAUUGUUUGCCUUCAAGGACAACAAGAAGCUCAACCUUAUCUUGGAUGACGGUGGAGACUUGACCACCUUGGUCCACGAAAAGUACCCAGAAAUGCUUGAUGACUGUUUCGGUUUGUCUGAAGAAACCACCACUGGUGUCCACCACUUGUACAAGAUGUUGAAGGACAACAAGUUGAAGGUCCCAGCCAUCAACGUCAACGACUCCGUCACCAAGUCCAAGUUCGACAACUUGUACGGUUGUCGUGAAUCUCUUAUCGAUGGUAUCAAGAGAGCCACCGAUGUUAUGAUUGCCGGUAAGGUUGCCGUUGUCGCCGGUUUCGGUGAUGUUGGUAAGGGUUGUGCCAUGGCCUUGCAAGGUAUGGGUGCCAGAGUCAUCAUCUCUGAAAUCGAUCCUAUCAACGCUUUGCAAGCCGCUGUUUCCGGUUUCCAAGUUGCUCCUUUGGAAGACGUUGCCUCUAUUGGUCAAAUCUUUGUUACCACCACUGGUUGUCGUGACAUUAUCACCCAAAAGGAAUUCGAACAAAUGCCAGAAGAUGCCAUUGUUUGUAACAUUGGUCACUUUGACAUUGAAAUCGAUGUCGCUUGGUUGAAGGCUAACGCUGAAUCUGUUGUCAACAUUAAGCCUCAAGUUGACAGAUUCUUGAUGAAGAACGGUCGUCACAUCAUCUUGCUUGCUGAAGGUAGAUUGGUCAACUUGGGUUGUGCCACUGGUCACUCUUCUUUCGUCAUGUCUUGUUCUUUCUCUAACCAAGUUCUUGCUCAAAUUGCUUUGUUCAAGGCUAACGAUGAAGGUUUCAGAUCCAAGUACCCAGAAUUCGCCAAGACCGGUAAGUUCGACGUUGGUGUCCACUUGUUGCCAAAGAUUUUGGAUGAAACCGUUGCCAAGUGUCACUUGGACCACUUGGGUGCCAAGUUGUCCACUUUGACUGACGUUCAAGCCGAAUACUUGGGUAUUCCAAAGGAAGGUCCAUUCAAGGCCGACAUCUACAGAUACUAGAUGUCUCCCACUGAGAUCUACCUACUUUCGGGGCUUUACCCCCCGUUCUUGUAAAUUUAUCUGCAUCAACUGCAUUUAAUGAUUUUAUGACUUGUGUGUUUGAAGUUGUUCGGCACCUUAUUAUUUUGUUGUUUGGGUUUACUGUUCCUCAGUAUUUUUGUUUAUUUUUGUUUUAAAAAAUGGUAGAUUUUAUAAAUUAAUAAAGGUUUCCUCAACGGAUUAAUAUGAUGUAGAG